GUUUGAUUCACUUUUAUCAUUUUUAUUAAAACAGUUUCAAUUUACGUAGUCAGAUAAUUAAUUAUUGAUGUGUGAUUUAUACAUAUAUGUGCAACAGUAAUAAUAUUUGGAGAUAGUUUUUAUUAGAAAUUUAUCAAUUAAAAAACAAAAUAUUCAGUUUUUUUCAAACGACUUAUUGAGGACAAGAUUGAAUAACCUGAAUUGAGUUGAUUAUAAGAGAUUCCAAAAACAAAUAUCAAACUGAGAAGCUGAUAUGCUGUCAUCGAAUAAUCAUCAAAGUUAUCAAAUUUUAAUAAUUAACAUUAUUGUGUUUUUAUAGUAGAAAAAAUGAAAGUCGCAAAUGUGAAUGUGUACGUAUAUUAAAAGUCGGCCAUGUGCGUGUAUCAUGUCAAGCGACUAUACAAUGCAAUUUAUUUUGAAAACGAAAUUAAUUUCUUACUCUAAUUCUAAUAUCAAUUUUUCUCGAUUUUGUGGACAGCAAAUAUAUAUAAAAUGCAUUUCCUUUGGAAUAGUGAUCGACGUUAAAUUUUUGUGCCGUGAGCGAAUUAACAUAUAGAAAUUUUGAGGUUAUAAAAAUGUUUACACUUUAAUUAUACUGCAAAAGUGGACGAAUUUUUUAAAAUUGAAGGACAAAUAAAAGGGUAAAAAGAAAAGUUGACGAGCUAAAAACUUCCCGAAUACAGCAUCAUAUUUCGUCGCGAAUAUCAACGAUAGACUCUAUCCUCUAUGGCUUGUGGUGUCAUGCGUAUAUGUACUUCAAAGAUAAGGGAAAAAUUUACGCAGACUUUUUAGAACUCGGUCUAUUUUUAAGGUUAUUUUUCACAUUUUCUGAAUGGAAAUUUAACUUCAAAGUAGGGAUCUCCGAGGGCUAUUUAGUUUGAAAGAACAUCUCCUUGAAGCUGAAAAUUCGUACGUUAUUAAGGAAAAUGCAACAAAACAAGGACUUCGGGACUUUCGUCUCAAUAUUCAGGCAGUGUGUUGAUUUGCGAUUGAGCUGCGUGUACACUUAGUUUGAUUAUAUAGCAGAGGUCAUGACCGGAAUCUUUGUCACAAUUUUUGAUAUUGAUACAAGUACGAUUGGUUGCAAUUUUCACUGGACGUGCAAAUCUAGCAAGUUGAGAGAGGGAGAUUUAUCAGCCGAAUUGGAAUUUUAGUUGGACUUCAUCGUCUCGAUAUAUGAAGGCGCACUCAAAUCUUUUUGGCUGUCUGCAGGUUACCAUGGCAACACAUAAGAAAGGCUUUUGAACAAACUACAUUUCCUGUCUAACACCCACGGUGGUCCGUGCCAAGGUGCCGAUUAUGUCUCUGGAAGAUACUCAUCGUGCAACUCAAGCUAAGGAAAUAGAUGAUCUUUUUCCAGUACGAGACAUUGAAACAAACAGUACAAAUAUUUUUUUGCAACCAAGGAAAUUACAAUCACCAAGAAUAAAUAAGAAACUUGAGAAAAAUGACAUUUAUUUAGAUUUUGAAGAAAUGAGUAUUCCUGAGAUGAGUAGAAAAUUGUACGACUUAAUUUGCAUAUGGUACAAAGAAGCCUGUUAUGAAGCCAAUUAUGUUAUUCAUGAUGUAAAGAAGUCUUGGAUUGCAACAACCGGUUCUUACUCUAAGAAAACUCAAGUAGUUAGCAGACUUAUAAUGUACUAUUUGAUCAUUUUGGCUCUUUAUAUUAUAAAAUUUUGCCUUUGGAUCAAUCAAAAAUUACUUCAAGGAUUAUACAAGACAUUAUUAAAAUCUAAAAAGAACACGCAAAUGCUGAUUGGAUUGGGAAUCGUGUUUUCACUGAUAGUCAUGGCGUACGUAAUUGGUGCACCUUACUGCCCGGAACCUGCGACAAGUACCGACCCAUGAUCAGUGCAACCCACAGCAAACUAAAGAAGACUCAAUAAAUCUGUCUCGACACGAUGCGAUAUCGCUCUUAUUUAUUGUUCGGUAAAUGUUGAAAUCCAAUAUAUACAUUUCCAUUGGCCACGAAAAUAAAUCGCGAAAACGUGCACUUCCCCCCCCCCCUCUUUAAAUACACUAUAUUUUAUCACUCUAUAAAUAUUUACAAUGGGAAAAAUAAAAUUAUGAUGAUAAUGAUAUUAAACACCAUAUAUAUGUAUAUAUAUAUGGUAUAUAUGAUAUUAAUCUGAUUAUAUGCAGAUGAAAUUGUAAAUUAAAAAAAUAUGUAAAACUAAUUCAAAAUCAAAAGAGUUAAAUUCUAUUAAAGGAUUUUAAAAUAGAAAUUCACAUUAGUUUUUGUUUAAAUGAUUUUAUAAUGAAAUUUUUAUCUCUCAAUCCAUUCAGAAGUCCAUUUCAAACAAAUGGUAAUUAGAAACUAUAUGGCU